UUUCACCACCUCUAUCAGACGAUGAGCUAAAAUCCUGUCAAGAAUCUGCAAUGUUACUGCAAAGRUGUCCACUACUUUUUGAUCUGGACUUGAUCGUUGUUGCACAGCAYUUCCAUAGGGUUGGUCUCCAUGCCUAUGCACUUGCUUGUCUUGUUCUUGUUCCUGUCCAUGACAAACAAAGGCAAAAAAUAAAGGAAUUGCUGGACACCAAGUGCGCUGUUGUCAUUCUUGACCAGCUGAAAAAACAGUGUGWUGAGGCAAAAAUGCUUGGCCAUGUGAAAACGUUACAAGAGGAAGUUUAUCAAUACAUUGAAGACAAUCAAGAAUAUGAAGUUUUGUUGAGCACUGUACACUUUGAUAAGAUGGUGGCUUAUCUUAUUAACACUGACCAACUUGAAGGUCUGCUUAUGAAGACAAUUAAAGCAAAGAGGUUGUCUAAUGCCCAGAGUCUUGUGCAUCUAUACCAUCAAGCUCAUCCAGGAUCUCCAUCAGGACGAUUUGUAUCUGAGUGCAAUGAGAAGCUCAGUGCUUUGGAUGAACUCAUG